UCUAGUCAAAUUGGUUUUGGAAUUUUUCCAAGGUUGAGCCGAUUUUAGGGCUUGUUGCACGGGAUGAUGAUAAUGUUUGAUGAAAUGGGAUUUGGAGGAGAUCUUGAUUUCUUUUCUGCUCCGCUUGGGGAUGGAGAUUCGGCCGCCCCUCAAGCUGAACCAGAGGCUGUUGUGGACGAUGAUUACAGUGACGAAGAGAUUGAUGUGGAUGAGCUUGAGAGAAGGAUGUGGAGGGACAAAAUGAGACUGAAACGUUUGAAAGAAAUGAAUAAGGGUAAGGAAGGAGUUGAUGCUGCCAAGCAAAGGCAGUCCCAGGAGCAAGCAAGGAGGAAGAAGAUGUCGAGGGCCCAAGAUGGGAUUUUGAAAUACAUGCUGAAGAUGAUGGAAGUUUGCAAAGCCCAGGGCUUUGUUUAUGGGAUCAUUCCAGAGAAGGGAAAGCCGGUGAGUGGGGCAUCAGACAAUCUUCGUGAGUGGUGGAAGGACAAAGUGAGAUUUGAUCGUAAUGGCCCUGCUGCAAUAGCGAAAUACCAAGCGGAUAAUUUGAUCCCGGGGAAGAACGAGAGCUCAAGCGCAGUAGGGCCUACUCCACACACUUUGCAGGAGUUACAGGACACCACGCUUGGUUCACUUCUUUCAGCUCUCAUGCAGCAUUGCGAUCCCCCACAAAGGCGGUUUCCGUUGGAAAAAGGUGUUUCUCCACCGUGGUGGCCCACUGGGAAUGAGGAAUGGUGGCCUCAAUUGGGUUUGCAGAAGGAUCAAGGUCCUCCACCUUACAAGAAGCCUCAUGAUUUGAAGAAGGCGUGGAAGGUUGGUGUUCUCACUGCAGUGAUCAAGCAUAUUUCUCCCGAUAUUGCCAAGAUUCGCAAGCUUGUAAGGCAGUCUAAGUGCUUGCAAGACAAGAUGACAGCUAAAGAGAGUGCCACUUGGCUUGCAAUUAUCAAUCAGGAGGAAGCUUUGGCCCGAGAACUUUACCCAGAUCGUUGCCCCCCCUUAUUGUCCAGUGGUGGUAGUGGGUCUUUUGCCAUUAAUGAUUGCAGUGAGUAUGAUGUUGAAGGGCCUGAAGAUGAACCUAACUUUGAUGUUCAGGAGCAAAAACCCAACAAUCUCAAUUUGUUGAACAUGGGUAUGGAGAGAAUCAAAGAUAGGUUACCGGUUCAACAACUAUCUCAUCCGAUCAAAGAUGAAGUCAUCACUAAUUUGGAUUUCACCCGAAAGAGGAAGCCAACCAAUGACUUGAACACCAUUAUUGAUCACAAGAUCUAUACAUGUGAGUUCCUUCAAUGUCCUCAUAGUGAACUCUGCCGUGGUUUUCAUGACAGGUCAUCCAGAGACAAUCAUCAAUUGACUUGCCCAUUUAGAAGCAAUUCUUCGGAGUUUGUGCAUCCAAACUUCCAUAGUAAUGAAUUCAAACCGGUUGUCUUCCCUCGAUCUUUUGCUCAGCCCAAGCCAGCUGUUCCAUCAGUUAAUUCAAUCCAACCUUCCUUCGAUCUAUCAGGACUUGGUGUUCCAGAAGAUGGGCAGAAGAUGAUUAGUGAGCUUAUGUCAUUUUAUGAUGCUAAUAUUCAAGGAAACAAGCACUCAAAUUCUGUGAGCAUCCCAGUUACCAAAGGUCAGACUCUUUCGCAGGCUCUUUUUAUUGGCUUGUACAUGGUUCUUGUUUGUGUGAAUUUGUCUGCCUUGCUAGCGGUAAACAAAUACAUGAGCCUGUUAAUAAUAGUUCAUGUGCCUGAUUUAGAGGAAAUCUACUCUCUGAUUGUGCUUUUGUUAUUCUUUAUACGGGUGUUUGCAGGUACUACUUUUCUCCCUGACCAUGGUCGCAGUUUUCCCUAUUCUCCAACGGGGUGA